AUUACGGGGCGGGGUGGAUUACGAGAUGGGGUGAGAAGAAGGAUGUACCCCACCACGUGCGGAUUGUGUUUUUUUCCACCUCCCCAUCUCAGAGCCGGAUCGGGAAAACUCGCCCAAGUUGGGGAAAGGACUUCGGGUUAGGCGGACAGGAGAGCCUACAAAAAUGAAAAUAGGAAAGCUUUUGAAAGGGGUCGUCGGAGAUGACGACGAGGCCACUGACCAGCGCAUUUCGCUCUGUGAAGCAUCCUAUAACAAGAUAUUCUUGUCCUCCUAACCCAUCAAAACCAUCGUCAUCGUCGUCGAGAUCUGUAAUAUCGUCGCACGCACAUUUGGAUCCAAAUUUGAAAGCAUCAUGGUGUGUGUAUCUCAUCGUUUCAACUGGUGUUCCCAUCAAAACCUACGUGGGUGUCACCGUCGAUUUCUGCCGCCGUCUGAAGCAACAUAAUGGUGAACUUAAAGGUGGUGCAAAAGCAUCCCGUGCAGGAAGACCGUGGAAUUGUGCAUGCUUAAUUCAAGGCUUCAGAGAUCGAAGUCAGGCUUGUGCAUUUGAAUCAAAAUGGAAAGGAUUCUCGAGGAAAAUGCCUCGUAAAAGGAAGGACGAGGACACGACACAGCAAACAAAUGACAGAUCCCUUUUGUUACUCCAGCAUCGGCACACUGCUUUGAACAGAGUUAAAGAUUCAUUCGAUUGCAGUUGCUUGGAAAUAGACUGGAAACUGUGUCCUUUUUGAAUUUUGGAAAUGUUUAUGAAUAUAUAUUAUUACUUGCCUUUUCAAUUCAACCAUUCAUGUAUACCACCACAUUUUUUCAAUUGAAAUCCCUAAUUUAUGACUCA